CGGACGUUGGAUAUUCAAAGAAAACUCGUUUGGCCAAGAAAAAUGUCAAUGCCUGUGUAAAAGUAGCGUUACGCCGUCAGGACACCAGGAGCAUUUUCCUUUGGUCAACGAGUUUUCCUUUCCAUAACACCCCACGCCUCCCUCCUCUGCGCAUGUGCCUGGAUAGCUUGUGGGACUUUGUGCGCGAAUUGAUGGAGUGGCGCCCCGCGGAAGCUGACCCCAGUGCAACAGUCGACGAAACCAUAAAGACCUUCACGGCGCCACCACCGCCAGGCAAGACAAAG